GACGUGAACUUUUCACCACGCUUUUACUGAUUGGAUUUCUACGCUCAAGCACCGCCCUUGCUGUUACCAUGGAAACGUGGAAAGCCGAUCUAAGGAUUACAGACAUGCUUUUAGCUUACUGGUUAUUGGCGUUAUAUUAUUGACAGCACUUCAUUCAAAAUUCAUACAUCAACUUGCGCUUAAAAAUAAAAGCUAGCAUGUCUUCAGGACCAAUGGAGAUGAAAGACAGUUCCAAAUGGCUCGAUGCACACUAUGAUCCAGUUGCCAAUUUAUAUACUUUUUCUUCAUGCAUCGCUCUGGCAGACUUGCAUGGAGAUGGUGAGAACAAGGUGAGAAUUUUUUUGGUAUUUCUCAAAGUCAGGGAUGUUUCCUUGGUAUGGACGGGUCCUACAGAGGCUAGCCAAGAGUCCUUCCUGUCAUUCAGAGAGCACAUAAAGACAUGCAGAAGUGCCCAUGAGCGAGGCACCUAACCCCCAACUGCUCCCUGGGCGCUGUAGCAUGGCUGCCCACUGCUCUGAGACAAACACAGGCAUGGCUGAAAAUUCUCUGAACAAAGGACGCAGUUUUUGGUCGAAUUCAAAGGAUCCUAGAUGUCGGAACAGUCCUUCAGCAGGAUUCGAUGACAUGGCAUCCUUCAGAUCCUUCCUUCACAUUAAGAAACACUUUUUGUCUUAAUCCAUUUUCAUGUGCAUGCCCCAAGAUGUAUACUUGUAUUAUAUGGACCUACCAUGUAGCCACACUCAUUAGCCAUUUAAUCAAGUGCACUUGCCAUAUACACUCCAUCCAUUAUCUGUAGCCGUUUAUCCUGUUCUACAGGGUCGCAGGCAAGCUGGAGCCUAUCCCAGCUGACUAUGGGUGUGAGGCGGGGUACACCCUGGACAAGUCGCCAAGUUAUCGCAGGGCUGACACAGAGACAAACAACCAUUCACACUCACAUUCACACCUACGGUCAAUUUAGAGCAUCUAAUUAACCUAACCUGCAUGUCUUUGGACUGUGGGGGAAACCGGAGCACCUGGAGGAAACCCACGCAGACACGGGGAGAACAUGCAAACUCCACACAGAAAGGCCCUCGCUGGCCGCUGGGCUCGAACCCAGGACCUUCUUGCUGUGAGGCAAUAGUGCUAACCACUACACGUUUUUAUUUAUGACAUUUGAUAGAUGUCUUAUCCAGAGCGACUUAUUGUAGUGCUUCUUAUCACAUACUGGUUCACUUGGUCAGAGACUAAGAAAAACCCUUUUGGUGAGGUUAAUAUACUCACCAUGCACUUUAUUAGGAAUACCAGUAUACCUGCACAUUCAUAUGAUCAUCCAGUUAGCCAAUCAUGUGACGACAGCAGCAGAUGCAAGUCAAGAGCUUGAAGUAAGAGUCACAUCAGACAUCAGAAUGGGGGAAAAUGUGAUCUCGGUGACUCUCACAAUGACCAUGGCCUGGUUGUCGGUGCCAGACAGGCUGGUUUAGGUAUUUCCGAAACUGAUGAUCUCCUAUGAAGCCUCCUGAUAAAAUGUGCCUACUGAUUGUGGUGUAAUGCUUAUCACAUUUAUCACACACGGACUUUUCUUAUUUUAUUUGGUGUGUGUGUGUGUGUGUAUACAUGACAGUUGGUGGUGGGUGAUCUAGGUACAGGAGCAAGCAACAUGAAGCUGAAGGUGUUUCGUGGCACUGGGCUGCUCAGUGAGAACACCCUCCUGGACCUGCCCACUGGUCUGGUGUCUUUCCUCAUGGACCAACAUGAGCCUCGCACUCCCGCCAUCGCUGUGGCCUCAGGCCCCUUCAUCUAUAUCUACAAGAACCUGCGGCCCUAUUUCAAGUUCACUCUGCCAACCCUAGAGGUCAACCCCCUGGAGCAGGAUGUAUGGAAUCAGGCUAGAGGGGAUAUGAUUGACCCAAUGACACUAAAAGAAAUGUUAGAGGGUAUAAGAGACAAAGCUGACAUCGCACUAUCAGUCAGAUCACUACGGUUCCUCAUGCUUGAACCACAGGAAAUGGAGUCUUACGUUAACCUUCUCAAAGAGCAACCCAUACGCAGACAGACGGUCAUUACAUGCAUAGGGACACUGAAAAAGAACAUGGCGGAUGAUGAUGCCGUCAGCUGUCUGGUUAUCGGCACAGAAAGUCAAGAUGUUUAUAUCUUGGACCCGGAAGCCUUUACAAUUCUUUCAAAGAUGUCACUUCCCAGUGUCCCUACACUCAUGGAUGUGACUGGUCAGUUUGAUGUCGAGUUCAGAAUCAUUGUAGCCUGUCGCAAUGGGAACAUCUAUAUAUUGCGCAGGGACUCGCAGAAGCCCAAAUACUGCAUUGAGCUGUCCUCUCACCCUGUUGGACUGGUCAGGAUGGGAAAGAACGUGGUAGUGGGCUGUGCUCAGGAAACUAUGCAGAGUUUCACUCAGAAGGGGAAGAAGUUGUGGACGACUUACCUGCCUGCUCCAGUCACCAGUAUGGCCCUGCUGGACUUGCCCACACGGGGCUUCCAGGCCGUACUGGUGGCCCUGGCUAACUGUGAGGUCCAUGUGUACCGGGACAAGAACGUAGUCAGCACCAUCAAAACGCCGGACGUAGUGACCAGCAUUUGUUUUGGCCGUUAUGGUCGUGAAGAUGGAACGCUAAUCAUGACUACCAAAGGAGGAGGUCUGAUCGUUAAGAUCCUGAAGAGGACGGCUGUGUUUGAUGAUCGGGACGCCAUCUCUGGUCCUCCAAUAGCCCAGAGCAUCCGAAUAAACGUGCCUAAAAAAACCAAGCUUUAUGUGGACCAGACCAUGAGAGAAAGGGAGAAUGCUGUGGCCAUGCACAGAGCCUUCCAAAUGGACCUGAGCAGGCUGCGGCUAGCUGCAGCCAGGGCCUACGUCAAAGCCCUGGAGUCCAGCCUCACUCCUAUCUCAGCCAGCUUGACAGAACCUCUAAAGAUGAAUGCGGUGGUUCAGGGUUUAGGCCCGUCCUUCAAACUCACUCUGAACAUCCAGAACACUGCAGCAUGCCGCCCUGUAAUGAACCUAGCCAUCAGUUUCCUGUACAAUGAGAAUUUGUACAGCAUGAGGGCAGCCUUCUUUAAGAUCCCCCUGCUGGUUCCAGGGCUAAAUUAUCCCAUUGACACAUUUGUGGAGUGUCUGAGUGAUAAAGGGAUUUCAGACAUCAUCAAAGUGUUUGUGCUGAGAGAAGGGAAGAGCACACCGCUCCUCACCGCGCACAUUAACAUGCCCGUAAGCGAAGGGCUGGCACUCAGCUAGGACACAUGGAUAAGAUGGCCCCUGUACACACUAGUACUGGAUGAGCUUGUCGCUGUGUCCAUGUAGAGGCAGGGCUUAUAGCCAUUAGGCCACAGAGACUGAAGAGACACACUGGAGAUCAUCAGAGAAGCUUGUGCUGGCCGUAGAAACCAAACUUUAGGUCAAAUCAGAAAGAGGAGUUUUGAUGUUAUUGCUGCAGUCACAGGUGUUUCACUGUAAAAGGCCACAUAGUGUGUGUGUGUGUGUUUUGCUUUUUUUUUUUUGGUAAAAUACUUUGCAAUAAUAUUUUGGUUAGUAUUUAUAUGUACACUAACUAGCCACAUGGACAAAUAGGAAAGAUCUUUUCCGAGCUUCAUGUGUCCAGUUUUGCUGAGCCUGUCUCCACGUUCCUGUUCCUGGCUGACAGAAGUGGAACCCAGUAUGAAAAUCCCAGCUCUCAGUAGUUUUUGAAAUACUCAGUCCAACUUCUCUGGCACCAGCAACCACAGUCACAGUAACAGAGAUCUCGUUUCACCUCCCUUACAGUUUUUAUCCCUUGCUGGCCAAAAGGCCCAAAGGGGGAUUAUGUUGGGGCGAUGUCUGUCUGUCUGUCCCGGGAAGGGUGCUCACCUUCUGAAAUCAACACCUCUCUCAAUUUUUGGGCGAAUUUCUUGAAGCUUGGCAAAAGGCCUUGUUAUAUGACAGUAGUACGCAGAUUGCGAUUUAAUUUCUUUUGUGAAAAAUUUCCCAGAGUUUUGACCCUUGUACUUUUGACAAUUUCUUGAGGGUGUACGUUCUUCUGAAAUCAACUCCUCACAUAAUUUGUGGAGGAAUUUCACCAAACUUGGCAGGAUUCUUCGUUAUAUAUCAGUAGUACGCAUAUGGUUAUUUUGUUCAAUUCAGUCACAUUUUACCAGAGUUACAGCCCUUGAUUAACAACCUUGUAGUUUCACAAUUUCAUGAAGGUGUGUUUGCCUUCUGACAUCAACUCCUUUCACAAUUUUUGGACGAAUUUCUCGAAGCUUGGCAAAAGGCCUUGUUAUAUGACGGUAAUACGCAGAUUGCGAUUUAAUUUCAUUUGUGAAAAUUUUCCCAGAGUUUUGACCCUUCAUUAAAUAACUUGUACUUUGACAAUUUCAUGAGGGUGUACGUUCUUCUGAAAUCAACUCCUCUCACAAUUUGUGGAGGAAUUUCACCAAACUUGGCAAAAGGCUUUGUUAUAUGACAGUUAUACGCAUAUUGAAAUUUCGUUCAAUUUGGGCAAAUUUUACCAGAGUUAUCUCAUCUCAUCUCAUUAUCUUUAGCCGCUUUAUCCUGUUCUACAGGGUCGCAGGCAAGCUGGAGCCUAUCCCAGCUGACUACGGGCGAAAGGCGGGGUACACCCUGGACAAGUUGCCAGGUCAUCACAGGGCCGACACAUAGACACAGACAACCAUUCACACUCUCAUUCACACCUACGGUCAAUUUAGAGUCACCAGUUAACCUAACCUGCAUGUCUUUGGACUGUGGGGGAAACCGGAGCACCCGGAGGAAACCCACGCGGACACGGGGAGAACAUGCAAACUCCACACAGAAAGGCCCUCGCUGGCCACGGGGCUUGAACCCGGACCUUCUUGCUGUGAGGCUACAGCGCUAACCACUACACCACCGUGCCGCCUACCAGAGUUAUGCUCUUGAUUAUUAACAAACUUGUAGUUUGGCAAUUUCAUCAAGGUGUGCUUGCUUUCUGAAAUCAACUUCCCUCACAAUUUUUAUUAUCCCCCGCUGGCUGAAAGGCUAGAAGGGGGAUUAUGUCGUGGCGAUGUCCGUCCGUCCGUCUGGGGAAGGGUACUUACCUUCUGAAAUCAACUCCUCUCACAAUUUUUGGAGGAAUUUCAUGAAACUUGACAGGAUUCUUUGUUAUAUGUCGGUAAUACACAUAUAUUGUAAUUUCAUUCAAUUCAGUUGCAUUUUACUAGAGUUAUGGCUGAGUUGCCAGCGGGGGAUACUGUGCUCUCAGAGCACUCUUGUUCUGAAUUCCUAAAACACAUGGUCUGAAAUUUCCUCUUCUUUUCUCAAAAUAGUAAACCCCAAAAUUCAAGCUACACUUACAAAAUCUUUGACUUGUCUUGCAAAAUCAAACAAACAAUUGAUUCAAAACUAUUUUAUCUUUACUCAAAGCCAAACACUGCCGUCAGACAACACACAUAGCCAGCCAAUCAUUACACACUACAUAUAUAAAUGCAAAACACUGUACUCUGGGCAUAGCAUAAGAAAAAUCUUUAUUUACUGUGGGCUUUUUGCAUAUUCAUGCACUUACGAAAAUUUACAUGUAAACAAGAAAACAUGCAGCAAAAAUAAAAAAAAACUGCCUUAUGAUUUUACAGUAAGCAAUGUCAAUCAUUCAUUCUGCUUCAGCGUCAUGCCUCUAAGCUGGGUCAGGCCACAGGACUUCAUCUACGUCACAGGCAAUCUUCUCCCUUGCUAAGAAAUGGGAAAAGAAUCCUUUGGCAUGCUGAAUCCAGCCUGGAAAAUAUUUAAUUCAUAUCACACGCUGCAUCUAUUGAUUGGAGCAGAUUUUCCCAGGUAUAGGGGUUUCUGUCAUAUACUUUCCACCGCCAUGCUGAGAAAAACUCUUCUAUAGGGUUUAGGAAGGGAGAGUAUAGUGUAAGGAAAACAUUUCUAAAACACUGGUUAUUGACGAACCGUUCACAUAUUCUUGGACGACAGUGAAAGCUUACGUCCCAAAUGGCAGCAAAACAGGAUGCUCUUUCUGCUCAGGUCUGAGCAAACCAGCCUAUUGACCAUCCAGAAAUGUUAGAAGACAUUCAGUGUUGUAUGACCCUAACGUGUCAUGGCGGUGGAGAACCCCAUAGCCCAUGUUUACAUUAGACCGUAUCAGCGGAUCAUCAGAUUAACGUUUUUAAAACGAUUAGUGUGCACACAGCAACACCAAUACAUGAUUUGCGUGCACACAGCAAUACCAAUACACGGAUACGCUCAGCUCCGCAGGCAUCCUGCACUCCAAAUCACUCCGCCCUGAACAGCGAGUGCCCUCUGGAGGGUGCGCACUCCGGCCUUGCGCAGCUCACAGAGCACGCGAGUGAAGUGAACAAGCUGUGAUUCGGGACUGAGCCGCUGUGUGUGUGAUCCCAGCGCAUAUCACUUACCACUUGCAAGUGGAAGGAUGGCAAGCCUAAAGA